AUGGAUAAUGCACCCUAUCAUUCUAUGUUGGUAAACAAUUAUCCAAAUUGUAAUGCUCGAAAAGCUGAGGUGCAGGAAUGGCUGAAAAAUCAAAAUAUUAAUUUUUUACCUUUGGAAACUCUAGCCGAACUACGGGAACGUGUGAAUUUGUUAAAACCGACAUUUAAAAAGUACGAGCUAGAUGAAAUAGCAAGUUCAAUGGGCCAUGAAGUAGUACGACUGCCACCGUACCAUUGUCAGUAUAACCCCAUUGAACUUAUAUGGGCUCAAGUAAAAGGCGAAGUGGCAAAAAAAAGUUCAACGUUUAAAAUGGUGGACGUCACUCACGAGGCAUUGGAUUUGGUAUCCAAGAGUGACUGGGAAAAAUGCGUCAAACAUGCUGAGACAAUCCAGGAUGAAGAUUAUCAGAAGGAGAUACUAAUAGACAGUGUAUUAGAGCCGGUCAUUAUAACUUUUCAAACUGACGACAGUGAUUUUGGCAAUGACGAGGACAGUGAAUAUGACGUUCAAACACUUAUUUAA